UAAUACACAGGUCGCACAGUGCAGGGAGUCUUCAUGACUCAUGGCAUACCCAGAUUGAUGUGCGGAACCAAUUGCACAACCUUGGUCGUUCGAAGCUUCAUAUCCAUAGUACUCAUAAAGAUUUCAUGAGUGACGACGUCAUUUAUGAUUUCACGGCUUAGAAACAAGGUCGGCGAUUCAGUGGUUACCUCAUGUUAUACACAAGAAGGUGAGAAAGACGCAGAACCUCAAAUAAGAUAGGUGGUUACACGUAAAGCACAUCAAACACCGACAGAAGAGGUGGGAUCACGCACGACGAAGAUAGCGUACCUGUGUUUCCCCCUUUAAUAAGUUGCCGCAAGCACGAUUGGAGGCCAUCAAAAAAUCGCCCAUACCAGCAUAUGAUGUCUCAGCCGAUGAUCAUACUUUAUGAUGUGCCAUCCAAUAUCCCGCAACCUUGGGCCCCAAAUAUCUGGCGAGUACGAUUGAUACUCAAUUAUAAACGGCUCCCCUACCGCACUGCUUGGGUAGAAUUUCCAGACGUCGAGGAAACCCUCCACGGCAUCGGGGCUCAACCAACGUCUGUUAAAAAUGAUGGUCGACCUGUCUUCUCUCUCCCAGUCAUUGUGGAUCCUAUCAGGUCCCCGCAAGCCCCCGUAGUCCUUUCAAAUGCGAAUAACAUUGCUGAGUAUUUGGAGGUCACUUACCCAGGCCAGUACACCCUUCUAUCUGCGAUCCUUGCACCUAAACGAAUUGCAGCGCGUCAAGUAUUUCCAGAGGGAUCUCGUGCACUGCAGGCACUGUUUGUGCACUUCAUCCAAGAGAUAUUCGUGAAGCCACUGCUCCUUAUCAUGGUACCUCUUAGUCACCAACGUUUGCCGGAGCGCAGCCAGAAUCAUUUUCGCAGCGGGACAACACCUAGUUAUCUUGACGUUCCUCUAGACCGAGAGCAGGCUUGGAGGGCAGUUCAAGAGCAAUUCGAUUUUCUGGCGAAUAUUCUUCAGAAGAACUCAGGCACGGACGGCGAUGGUGUAGUUGCUAUGGGCCAUGAACUCACCUAUGCUGACUUCGCCAUCGUGUCUGUGCUGAUUUGGAUAGAGAAAGUGGCUCCACAUGAUGGCUGGAUGAGGAUUCGGCAGUGGAAUGGAGGGCGGUGGGGGAAUUUAUGGGAAAGGUGCAAGAGCUAUAUGGAUGUAUUUUAAUCGCCAUGAUGAUCG